AUUACAGCCAUCACCAUUCUCAUCGUUGUCUUGGACGGUUACCUCUACUGUUUCGAUAAUAUUUAAUCCUACGAAUGGAGGGACCCUCGAGACGAAAGAUAGUGUCCAAUGCCAAGGUCGACUUCAACAACAUUGGAAGUCGUAGUCGACCGGUCUCUCCAUUCAGACCACCCCCAGCGGAGUCUUCGACAGUCAUACGGCCAAAGGCCAAGGUGAACAGCAGUGCGACACCGCUGGGCAGGAAGUCGACCACUGCAAGCAGUGUCGUCAGUUCCGCACCCCGAACUCGUCCGACAUCGCCUGCGAGACCUACUCAUGGGAAUGGUCCCCGACCGGGUCCAUCCCAUUCUGUGGUCGAUGGCCCGGUCUCGAAACCGAAAUCGGUGCUCUCGCCACACGUACUCUCCCGACAGCGCUCUUUGACCAGCGCCGACGGCCCAUUUACGAAGCGUACACAACGGACAGACAGUGCUACUCUUCACCCUCAGGAUAUUCCCAGCAUCUUCUCUCCCGACCCGUCAGAUCCGACCAAGCGUCCGUCUACGCCGACUACUGCCUCUACGCCAAGUGUUGUGCGCGUCAAGGCGAGAGUAUCUGGGCUUGCUACGAAGGCCCCCCUCUCCGUUCCCUCUUCACCCUCAUCUCACUCCUCCUUCUCAGCCGUUCCUCCCUACGCCACUACCCGCUCCCCUCAACAUCGACCCCGUGCUCCUUCAAUAACCAGCGCACUAUCCAUCAAGGUCCCUCCUUCAUCACCUCCCUCGGUUGCCUCCGCUGCCUCCGGCGCACCAUGGGGUCCCAUCACCACCGCUGCACCUGCCGCCAAUCCACACCGAUACGCACCCUCCCAACCCGUCGCUCACCGAUAUAAUCCACUAGCUUACGGCAAGGACGCGAACCAUUCUAAUGACCGCGACUCGCAAUACGUCCAUGUCACACCCAAGGUCGACCCUACCGCAAUCCCCCUCCCGCCACUUUCUCCCCCGACAUCUAGCGUCUCGUUCUCCUCACGUUCUUCUCACUCCUCGCUUUCUCAAGGGACGCAGAGCUCACUCAGUCGUAGUACUGCGCCUACGCUCAAUUCGCAUGUCAAUGGUAUGGUUUUGGGAGAUCGGGAGCAGGAGGGAGGAGCGCCAAGGGGGACUUCGACGCUUGAUUUGUUGGUCGGGUUCAUGAGUGGAGAUGAGUCGGACACGAGAUCGGCUAGUGCGCAGACGUCGCAGCGUCCCGCUAACGAUGCUGGGAGUAAGAUUCGGGCGGAGGCGAAAUCGAACCGAAAGAUUGAGGAUUUGGAGAUCACGAACCGCUCUUUGCUGGUUAUUAACUCGUCGCUAGAAGCCACCAAGCACAAGCAAGCCAAGGAGAUCCGUGACCUCCGUCGGAAACUCAGAGAAUCUCGCCUUAUCCUCCCUCCCAAAGCCUACCGUGCCGUCAAGUCCUCACUAAGUCCUGCCGAGGCCGCUGAUGACGAAGAAGAGGAUGCGGAGGAGGGAGACGAUGAAGAGGAAGGAGACGAGGAGAGCUUCUCGAAACAGGACGAGACGUAUCGGCGAGUGAAGAGCAUGCUGGAUGGGUUGAUUGAGAGUGGGAAGAAGGCUCUUGAGACCAAGCCGGAUGAUUUUAGAGAAGGAGGGAAGGGAGGGAAGGUACUUAAUCCCGUGGAGCUGCAGUCUUGGAGUGAAGAUGUUGUGGACGAUGCUCGCUCGACGAACGCGGAUUCUGCUGCGAGCAGUCGUCCGCUAACUCCUUCGAGGAUAGCCACGCCUAGGCUAGACGAAGAGGACGACGUUGAUUCGAAUUCUGAGGGUGAGGCAGGGUCUAUGGAUGAUGAUGAUAUUCCUUCAACAUUACUCCCGCCUAUCAUGGUGACUUCAAGCUAGACAUAAUACCGAACUCUCUACAUCAUGGUAUCCUCGUUAUGCACCACACUUUAUAGCAUGGCUUAUACAGAUAGGAAUCCGAAUGACGCUCGCUGCUGGAAGUGUGUACUCUGCAUCUAUUGUUCUUAUAUCUCUUACAACCCGCUGGCACGAUCUUUUUAGUCUCUCUACCAUCUGUCUCCAUUCUUACUUCCCUGUCCACUCUUUCCCCUCUGUUUUUUCGUCUUCGUUUUCUUCUCUUCGUGGAUACCCUUGCAUCUCUAUCCAUAUGUCUAUACAUCCUUCCUUCCUCAUAUGCAUAUCUCAUCCUCAUUGCCCCGUCGCUCGCACUUGCCCGCUUCUCCCCUACAAUCGGUUUCUCUGGAUCGGUUCGUCGCAUAGUACAUAUAUUCGUGUUUACACCAUACAUACCUGGUCAGGACCAUACCACCAUUCAUUGUCGAUGUUUCAGCGCUUUUCUUCUCGCUAUAUACAUACACACAUACACACACCGUUCGCCCACUCAUUGAUCUCGUCCAACCCGGUCUACGUUUCCU